ACCCGAGCGAUCUGCUCCCUUUAGCCGCGACUACUCGUGUCGCCCGCGCUCAGAAUCGAAAUUAGCGUGUCCGGAACAGCGAAGAGAGAGAAGACUUGCGUGAGAAUAACCGCGGGGAAGAGCGUUUGUACGCGAUACAAGCAGAUCAAGUUACAAGCUGCAGAAAACGCAACGACCAGGACGAAACUGACAAGUGACUCCAUCUCGCGCUGAACCUGGAAGCUCGUCGCCAAACUCUGGACUCUGCCGUCUCGGUCGGCAACGAGCUCGCUCGAUGAAAAUUAAUUUCGCGAAAUUUCGCGUUCACCAUCUGCAUUCGAUUUUCGGAGCUAAUUAGCGAUGCGAUUAGAUGAACCGCUUGCAUUUCUCUACGACGACCUGCCGUAACUUGACGUCGAACGCGCAAACGACAUGCGAUUCUAACCUCCUCAUUAAUGGACCUACUCGUGUUAGAGCAGCGGCUCUUGCACCCUUGAGAUAAAAUCCAGUGCCUCUCGUGUUCUUCCACUUUUAAGAUAAAAUAAUCGCGCGUACCGAACGACAAUAUCAGGGACGAGAAGCGAGGCGGCGAGAGGCGAGGCUUCCCGGCGAGAGAUCUCGCGUCUGCUACGGGAUGUACCGUAACCCUUUUCGAAAAUGGCACAAGUGUUGAAUAGGCCGCUGCUCAACAGGCGUAUUUAUCUUCUGUUAAAAAACAGUAGGAGAUCCGCCGGUCAUAGCAAGUGGGCGAACAUAAAGCACAUAAAGGAGGAAAAGGACAACGAACGGAUGGUGCUGUUCCAUCAUCUCAAGAUGCAAAUGAUGAUUGCCAUAAACGAGGGCGGCAGCACGAAGCCUGAUAAUAAUUUAAGAUUAUGUCAACUCAUCGAGCGAGCUAGAAAGUCGAACAUGCCGGUGGCGUCGAUAAAAUCCUUCCUCGACAGGAUGGAGGCGCGCAAGCACAAAACUCAGUCAGGUAUACAGGAAGUCCGCGGGCCGAACGGCUACGUCAUGCUCGUGCGUUACACCACGGAUAAUCCCAAGAGAUUCGUGGGUGAGCUUAAUGCGAAAAUUAAAAAAACCAGAGGAAGAACUUCAGAUACCGCUGCCAAAAAUAUGUUUACUCAUCUAGGUAGUGUCAUAGUUGAAAAGAAGGGCGAUUUGGAAAACGCUACGGAGGAUGCUAUUAACGUUGACGCGGAAGAUGUGGAGGAAUUUGUAGAGAAUGACACGGAAUAUUUCCAGUUUAAAUGUGAUCCGAGGCUCUUGAACAAAGUAAAACACCUUUUAGAAGAACGUCAAUACUGUGUGCUCUCAGCAGAAGAAGAUUACAUACCUCAAACCAUAAUAAAAUUAAGUGAAUCAGAUUUAGAAGAUGUUUCUCUUAUUCGCGAGAAAAUUUUAAGCCUAGAAGAUGUCAGUCAUGUACAUGAUAAUUUAGAAUAACUUAUUUUAAUAUACAAAAAUAUAUAUGUAUAUACAUACAAAAAUGACGUGUACAUUUUACAUCAUUAUGAUUAAAGAUUCAAAGAUUCUAGAAA